AUUUGGUAAAAAAAAAACACUCUACUCUCAUUUGGUCAAAAAAAAAAACACUUUACUCUCAUUUGGUCAAAAAAAAAACACUCUACUCUCUUCUUCGAUCUGAUCUCCGUUUAGAUCCUGAGGUUUUCCAAUGAUGAGAGACCGGCAACUAUUUUUCGGCCUUUUGCUUAUCUUAACAUUUGUUUCGCUCCAUAAGCUUUGCUACUGCGACGAUCAGACGGUGUCGUGUGAAUCGUUCGAUGAGCCUUUCGGAGGUAGCUGGAUAGUUUCGAAGAAUGGUGAUUACGAAGCAUAUGGUGGAAUCAAAUUCGAGAAUGUGGAUGCAAGUUUGAAUCAAAUCGGACUUAAUGGAGACGAAGAAGGGAACAAACGCAUAACGAAGACGACGUUGGUUGAAGCCCUGAAGGAUGAAAGAGAAGACGUGAUUCAGGCAUGGUACAUGGAUGAUAACCAAGAGGAUCAGCGACUUCCUCACCACAAGGAUCCUAAAGAGUUUCUCUCUCUCGACAAACUUGCAGAGCUUGGAGUCCUUAGCUGGAGACUUGAUGCUGAUCACUACGAAACCGAUGAGGAGUUGAAAAAGAUCCGCGAGUCCGGUGGUUACUCCUACAUGGACUUCUGUGAGGUAUGCCCUGAGAAGCUUCAAAAUUAUGAAGAGAAAGUUAAGAGCUUUUUCGAGGAACAUCUGCACACUGAUGAAGAGAUCCGUUACUGCGUUGCAGGAAGUGGCUACUUUGACGUGAGGGAUCGCAACGAAGCUUGGAUCAGAGUUUGGGUGAAGAAAGGAGGAAUGAUAGUCUUUCCUGCUGGAAUUUAUCAUCGCUUCACCGUGGAUUCUGACAACUAUAUCAAGGCAAUGCGUCUUUUCGCGGGUGGCCCGGUGUGGACACCAUACAAUCGUCCACACGACCAUCUUCCUGCAAGGAAAGAAUAUGUCGAUAAUUUCGUGAACAAAGCCUUUAACGCCUCCGCUUAGAGAGCUCUCUCUAUCUCUCUCUUGUGCUUCUAAAGAAACAUGAUCUAUAAUAAACUUGGCCUGCAAUAAAGAGAGAUCUUGAAUCUAUAAUGGAGAAUGAUUGCUUUGGUAUGCAUGUGUUGUAAACUUAAUCACACUCUGUUAAGUCUUUAUUUACCAUCUUUGCCGUAUCCGUUUUUACGAGAAGUUGUAUCGACUCAGUUUGAUCAUAUAUUUUCCUGUGUGAGGCAUUACGUUA